UAGUACAGUCCGGGGGAGGCCCUUGGCGGCGGAGCGGCGAUGGGGGCGGCGCGGCCGCAGUGAGCCCGGCGGGGAGCGGAGCGGAACGGGGGAACGGAGCGGCGGGCCGAUGGCGUUCAGCGCCUGGCAGAUCCUCUCGCCGGUGCAGUGGGCCCGCUGGACCUGGUCGGCGGUGCGGGGCGGCGGUGGUCCCGAGGGGGAGGACGGCGGGGCGGAGGAGGAGGAGGACGACUCCUCGCCGGCGGAGGGCACGGCCCUCGGUUUCAGCUCGGACUCCGAAGGUAAUUUUGAGACCCCUGAAGCAGAAACGCCGACCCGCUCGCCACUAAAGGAGUUCUGCGAGCCGCCGCCACCAGGAUCGCCGGAGCCUGAGGCCGGGAUCCAAGAGCCAAGUGGCCAUGCCAACCUGCUGGUAGGGGAAGCCUGCCGGGACAUCUCGCCUGGGACGCACCCCAAAGAUGAGGCUCAACCGGAGAUCGGAGCCCCUAAAGCCAGCUUGGGUACUAAAGGGGAAACCGACCCCGAAGACUCAUCCCUGACACAGCCGCCGGCUGAAAGCCAGUGUCCAGCUGCGCUGGGAAGCAGGGCCGACGCUGGCUGCGCUGCCGUACCUGCUGCAGCGCCGGUGCCGGUGCUCCAUGCGGGCAGAGCUGCCCAGCAGCGGGUCAUGUCCGGAGAGGACGCGGCGGACGCCGGCACGGGGCUGGUGGAGUCAAAGGCUGAUGCCCUGGCCCGGGAGUGCUCGCCCAGCCAGGGCCAGCUUGAGAAAGGGAAAACACCUUUGCUGGGGAGGAAAACAGAAGAAACCACAGAGGAGACCCCAGUGCCCCAAGCAUCCUACCAGUUUGACCCCAAGCAGUACGACGAGAGUGUAAACCCCUUCGUGGCAGGGGGCUGCCGGCUGCAGAGCUCUCCCCCGGCAGCCCCGCGCAGCCUCCCCCAUCCCAGCAGCAGCCCUGGUGAACCGGGAGGGGACCCGGCCCCGGAGCCCAAAGGGCAGGUCCCGAAACCCGAGGUCGAUUUUACGGAGGGGGGAGAGAGCGCGGAGGCCAGGAGAGCUGCGCCCAGGAAGGGCAGCAGGAUCCCGGCCAGCAAGCUGACACCGAAGAGACACCGAGACCCCCCCAAGAAAUCAGCUGAGGACGCGGAGAGGGGUCCCACGGAGCCGCCGCCUCCCCGGGGCUCCCCCCGGCUGGGUCCCGUGCUCUGGGACAACCCGGGUCUCAACCCCUUCAGUGGCAGCUCAGCGCUGCAAAACUCGCCGACUCUCCCCAAGGGCUCUUACCAGUUUGACCCCGAUAACUUUGACUCCAUGGAUCCAUUUAAGCCCACCAAGACCCUCGCCGGCACGGCUACCAACUCCUGCCCCACUGCCGAUAACAGCCUCAACGAAAUCCUCGAGUCUCAGACGCUGGAGGUGCAGGACGAUCUCGUGAAAGGCAGAGACUCCCCGAAGAAGCCCAAGUCGCGCCUGAUAACGACCACUGAACAAGUGAAAUUUCUCUGUUUUCUGUUGAGCGGCUGCAAGGUGAAGCAAUAUGAGACGCAGUCCCUGGUCCUGGACGUUUGCGCUCAGGAUGAAGGAGCGUUGAUCUCAGAAAUCCCAGAUAUUGCAAAUCGGGAUGGACAUGCCACCGAUGAGGAGAAGUUGGCCUCCACCACCUCCGCACAGAAACCGGCCGGGCUGGAGAAGAAGGGCGAGCCAGAAGAUGACCUGGAGUACUUUGAGUGCUCGAACGUUCCCGUGCCGGCAGCGAAGCACGGCACGGAGGCAGGAUUUGAAAAGGAGAUCUCCAAGCAGAUGGAAAAGGAUGGGCCUGGCAUCUUCCCCGGCAAUCCCGGGCUGUGCUCCAUGGACAAGCCCCCCGCCGCCGUCACCAGUGUGAGCAGGAGCGAGAGUCCCCUGGACGGCAUCUGCCUCAGUGAAUCCGAGAAGACGGCCGUGCUCACGCUCAUCAGAGAGGAGAUAAUCACAAAGGAGAUCGAAGCAAACGAGUGGAAGAGGAAAUAUGAAGAGAGUCGCCAGGAAGUCUUAGAGAUGAGGAAAAUCGUGGCUGAGUAUGAGAAGACCAUUGCCCAGAUGAUAGAGGAUGAGCAGAGGACAAACAUGACAUCUCAGAAGAACCUGCAGCAGCUCACGAUGGAAAAGGACCAGGCUCUGGCAGACCUAAACUCGGUGGAGAGGUCCCUGUCGGAUCUCUUCAGGAGAUACGAAAACCUGAAGGGUGUCCUAGAAGGCUUUAAGAAGAAUGAAGAAGCUCUGAAGAAGUGUGCUCAAGAUUAUUUAACCCGGGUCAAGCAAGAAGAGCAGCGGUAUCAGGCCCUGAAAGUCCACGCAGAAGAAAAAUUAGACAAAGCCAACGAGGAGAUCGCGCAGGUGCGCACGAAGGCCAAAGCGGAGAGCGCGGCGCUGCACGCCGGGCUGCGCAAGGAGCAGAUGAAGGUGGAGUCCCUGGAGAGAGCCCUCCAGCAGAAGAACCAGGAGAUUGAGGAGCUGACCAAGAUCUGCGAUGAGCUGAUAGCGAAGCUGGGAAAGACAGACUGAGUCUCACCGCCCCUCGUCCAGCACUCUGCACUUGGCCGCUUUUCUCGUAACGUCAAGCACCUUGCCUUAUCACCCAGGAAAACCCCCCAGCAGAGAAGCACACACGUCCAGCUGCCUGCUCUGCUUGGCUGCCGGACCCCACGGCCCCCCCAUGCAGAGCCUGUCCCCACACUGUCCCUGUCUCUGUUUCCCGAGGGCUCUGGGGCUGGGUUCCCUGCGGUCAGGCUGGGCGUGCGUGUCCCUCCUGGGGUCCGCAGCAAGCGGCUGCCGUGCUGUCCGUCUGCACGGAUGCCACCUCUCAGUUGGGAGGUGACACCCCGGGCCCUGUCCCCCUCGGCUGGGCUGGGUCUAGUUGUGCCCCUACAUGCUCUGUCACUUACUGUCCUCACGUACUCAAUUGCACGGGUCCAACCGCAUGGUAGGUCCUGCCCCGGGACGUGGGUGAUGCCAGGGUUGGAGCCGCCAGCCCUUGCGCUGGGGAAGGGGACCUGGCAUGUGGGUGCACGGCUGGGGAGGCAGUGAAGGUGCCCCAGGCCCCCCCCCCACAGGUGGUUUGGAGCCACCAGCGUGGAUCCCCUGGCUGAAGCAGCCUCCCGGUAGAUCGAUCAGUUUUGGAGGAGGUGGCGGUAUUCAAGGGGCUGGUCCCGGUCUGUGGUACACGGGGGAAACACAGCACAGCGCAUCCUCAUCCCUGGCUGUGCCAGCCUCGGAGGAAGGAAGCCGACGUCUCUGCAUUCGUGCACUUUAUUAGCAUUUACGAGCGCUCGGGCUCUCUGCUCACUUCUUCCAGUCGGGCACGGUCCUGCUACACAUCUCGUUCCCCUGGGAGCACGGAUACGGCCACUUAAGCAGUAGUAACUUAAGUCCUCUCAAAGGAGAGCCCGGCCAAGGGGAGGGCGGGAGGCUUCUGCACCCAGAGGUGUUUGAGAAACGGGGGACACGUCGGUUCUGGAGAGCUGGGACUUGUCCGUCCGUCUUCCCCGUGGCUGUCCUGCCUGCAGCCCUAGCACCUCCUGAGGCUUCUUAACGUGGGGUUUCUAGUCUGCUUUAAAACGUGCAAAGCCAAGCCCCUUGCUGUUGGCUCCCCAUGCCCUAGUGAGAUUAGUUCACCACUUUGGAUGUUGCAGGAGAAAGGAAGCAAACCCUGAACUGCUUCACAAUUCUGCUGACUUAAGGCUCUUUUCCCCAGUCAGUACAGGAAGGCAAGGAGGAGUGCAGUACUGCCCUGGGUCUUGUGCUGCUGUCAAAAAUGCCCUUACGGCACUGAAUAUUAAGAGAACCAAACAAAAGCCAGCCUUUACAGGCAAAGGCAGAUCCAGACAGCAGUAAAAUACACUUUGAAAUCUCUCUGGAUGCAGCCCAAAAUCUGACUUUCCAUGCAGGCUGGCUGCCUGCUCUAUUUCAGAGGUGUUUACUGGACGUGCCAAGCUCCAGCAGAAUUGCUGAGGUUGCCUUUGCACUGUGCUGGGAACUGGGGGGCUCUGGGGUGAUACGAUGUGUUUAAAUCCGUGUGUAGAUCCUGCGCGUGCCCUCCUGGUAACACCGUUGCAGGACCUAGCCUUACCCGGUGAGUUUUGCCGCUCUGCAGGCUGUGCAGUGCCGCGUUUUCCCGGCUGCCGUGCCCUGGGCGCAGCGCUCGGCAUCCACUAGCGGUAACCGGUGCCGUGGGCCGGGGGUGUGCCGUGGGCUGUGGGUGCUGCGCCUCGGGGUCAGUGCACAACCAUCCCGUCCUGCACAAGGCAGAUCGAUGGGAUCGGGCAAGACCCGCAGUGGUGGAGGAUUCUCUACUAUCAGCUUGAACAGAUAGUCGUAAAGCGUCAAAUAAGGGAAAUAUUUGCUGUUCGGACUGUUUCCUACCCAGCCUAUCUAAGACUUUCGCAAACCUUUUUGCUGCUACCUUUUUGUAAAAGAUUUGAGCUGUUUUCCUUCUAUUUUCUAAUUCCCUGUGUUGAGCAUGCAGUGCAAACAUCUGUUUAAAUCAGAGCCAUACACUUGAUAUAUAUUUUGUUAGUUAUAUUAUGUAUAGAGAGAAUUUAUUAUACACUUAAGCAGACAAAGAUGCCGGCAGCCUGCCCUAGCACACAGAGUCCAGGCCUGUUCACUGUGCUCCCAGUUAUCCCAGUGAACGGGCUGGUAGCUGUGUGGUAGGGAAGCUGAUGGCUGAUACUACUCGGAGCUGUGCACCUGCAGCUGUGUGCUGAAUAUUCACUCCUUUGCACACCUGACAGAAAGGAAAAACAUUUUUUUCCUGUUUUUUUCUCCCCCCCCCCCCUUUGUCCCUCUAAUGGGCUGGUAGAAAAGCCUCUGUCAGAUGAUCUACAAAGACUAUUUCUAUUUGGGGAGUCAAAAUGCCAGCCCCAGCCCACUGGAGCAUGACUCCCCUUCCUUGCAUUUCAUCAACGUUUGCGGUUUCACGGACUAUAGCACUGCUCUUUUCUUCUUCUCCUCGCGUGUCCCACUCCAAAACAGCAUUCCUGCCUGGAUGUGAGUGAUCCUUUCCUGGCUGCAGUUAGCUGGGCUUUGGCAGGGUGGUGGUGACAGCAGGGAGUGACCCCUGGAAGGUGCUUUCCCUUUGGACCUUCUGAGAGUCUGUACAGGUCAAUUAAAACCCUUGAGAACCGGGGAUUUCUUAGGGAGUUGGGUUUUUCUCUUUGCAACCCUUCAGAAAUGGAAGGGAGCAGGUCACCAGAGAGCAGCCUUGCCCAAGCUCUCGGAGCUUGUAAAAAGUUGAUUUGGGGCUAGUUUCUGGUUUGGCACGCAGGUUCGCUGUCAUGCCCGGAGCAGCGCUUGAGGUCCCACCAUGAGGUUUGAUGGAGCCAAAGCACAGGAGGCAGGUCCCGGGAAGGGACCGCAGGGCACAGCAGCCCUCAGCCUCGUCCUCUGCACGGGGACACGCUGCGCAGCGUGCCGGCUUUACACGAGGUCUGAACGCCCCAGUCCAUCUGUGUGAAUGUUUACUUCCCGCUCUACCUGAAGGGAUGAAAUUUGGGUUCUGUGUUUGCUGUGGCCAGCCAGGGCCAGGUUUGCUCGUGGCGGGGGGGGCGGUCAGCUCCGAGGCGCAGAGCACCAGGCUCGGGGCAUUGGGCUCACUGGGGGUCUGACCUGAGCAUGUUUGAGUUCGGUCUCUCUUCGGGGGGGGUUGUUCUGGCCCCAGAGGUGGCAGAGAAUUGCAGAAGUUUUGAUUUCACCACUCGGCGCUUCCCCAGACCCCCAGCCUGCGUACAUGCUGCAGUCUUCCCUCCCAGGCAAGGAGGAGCCGCCUGGAAGGCCAGGCUGGCUGUGGAGAGCGGCUCCCACGGCAAUAAUCCGCUCCGGCAGUAUCUUCCCCGUCUCUGCUCCCUGGCAUCUCCCGGUCCCACUUUCGCUGCCUCUCUCGCCCCAGUGCUGUUGCGUUCCUGUGCCUGUCAGCAUGCACUUCCAGUCUGGGCAAAGAAGAUUCCUAAGGAAUGAUUUAUUAACUAUAAUAUGGUUAUAGUUACAUAUAUAUAAAUAUAUAUAUAAUGGUUAUAGUUAUAUAUAAUAGAAGGUGUGUGUUUGUAACUGUGAAUGGGCAGGACUGUUGCAUCUCGCGUGCCGCUCGGACCCGGAGCUCUGGCACGAUGCCGGGGCUCGCUAACCGACGGCAUGGGGGCCGAGCGGGAGCCAGUGGCAGGAGGGGUGCACGGUGACCCCCUCGCGCAUCUUGCGAAGACAACGGCGUUCGAACGCCGCCCUUCCAGCCAAGAUGUGUAACCAGCGCAGGGAAGCUCUGCGGAUACCCAUGCGUCGGGGUCGCAGCCUGGUUGUGUUUGUUGUCUUUUUCUUGCAGUAGAAUUCAAAUAUUCCUUUCUGACAGCGGUGGGUGCCUGCCCGUAAGCCGCUAGUGUUGCCGUUAGCAAGUGUGCAUUUGCCAGCAGAUCUCUGUCUACAACGAAGUGCCAACGAGUAACCGCCCUGACUGCAAAUCGCUUCCACCCGUCCUUCCAGCGUGCUCCCCCCACCCUGAGGCAGGAACUUUCUCUGCAUUGACUACUACCCUGAUCGCUUUGUACCAUGUAUGUAACUGCCAUCGCCAUCAAUUUUAUAUGUACAAUAAUUUCCCUUUUAUAUGUCAGGUAAAUAUUUGUAAGAGUUAUACUCACACAAAUGAGAUUAUUAUAAUGAUUACUAAUAUAUUUUUUCCAUGUUUCAUUGCCUGAAUAAAAAUUGUGUUUAUCACUCUC